AUGGCCUUCUGGCCGUUCAGGCGUAAAGGCUCGCGCAAACGAUCUCCUAGACGUGGACGAGUACGACAAGACGCAACCCCCAAUGCCCCGCCGCGAUCGAUGACCGAGCCAAUUGUGGAAUCAACGAUGACCACCCUCGGGGCGUUGGGACUUAACAAGACACAGCGAACCAACUCCGCUAGUAAUAAAAAGCUACAGAGGCGGCCCCGCACCUACAGCUUCUCGCCAGGCCGUCGAGACUCGAUUCGUGUCGCCCGGGCCCGGCAGGAUUCGGUCCCACCUUUACCGACAAGGCCAAUCCCGGAUGCCAUAAACGACCAUUAUGGAAACAAGGGGCAAGACCCAUCUUUCGCCGUGGCGCAUGGGUCUGGGUGCGCACAAGAACCUGAUCCAUUCGGGGAUCGAGUGCCCACUCUUCACCACAACAACUCUCGCAACAAGAGAAGGGGGCAGCCUAUGUCCCGCAAGAAGUCGAAUAAAAGACAGAAAGAAGACCACGAUCGCGAGGCCGAGAUCAAGGCCCUAAGCCAUGCCAACACAGCGCCCGUUCGACCUGGUACUGACGGCUGGACCAUGGGACGGCCAAUGAAGAAAAGCAGUAAGCGGCUGAGGCCGGGCCUCAGCAGCAAGACACGGGAGGGUCACGACUCCGACCUCUCGCUCCCCAUCCCCGAGUCGAUCGAUUCCUCCAUGUCGUCAGACUCGGAGCAGGCCUCUUGGAGGGUGUCUGCACUUGACGCUCUGGCUCCACGUCCGACUUUACGGUACUCGUCCAAUCCCAUAUACGGGGCCUCGUCCGGUUCAGGGCCGAUGCACGCCUUGUCACAGAAGAGAAAGAUAUCUGAAAAGGGUCCAAUACCACAGGAAACUCUCAAGGCCCACAAGAGGAUAGAUGACUUGGCCGAUGAUUUGGAUGCAUCUGACCUGCGGGAGUUGAUGGAGCGGGAUACGCGCCGGAGGGAACGUAAGAAACAGAGAGAACGGGAAAGGCUAGAAAGAAGGCUAGCGCGACGAGCCGAGAGGGACAAACAAGAAGAAGCCGAAGCAGCCAGAAAUGGUAUGCCAUCGCCGCAAAACCUGGAGAGGGGUGUAAUGGGCCGCGAAAUGGUUGGGUUGGGAGUCGACACCACAUCCGCUGUCGUUACUUCUUCGCGGAGGAGACCAUCGGUUGACUCGUCGCGGCAACGCGAAAAACGAUCGGCACAACACAAUGACAGCUCAGAAAACAAUCGAGGACGCACACCGUCGCCGUUGGAUGAGUUCCACCGCACCGAUAGCAUCCAAAUCGAGCCGCUGGCGCUAGCGAAAGCUUCAGAGGUGGACGUGGAGGCGGAAGUAGCAUCUGAAGAAGCUCCAAAGCCUCCAUCAUCACCGCGGUCCCGGUCAAUAAGUCCAAAAUUUAUGGGCUUCAUCCGGUCACGGAAACAGCGGUCAAAAUCGCCAACUAACCCAAUUGAGGAGAAGAUGGGAGCUAAGCCAGCACCGGCGGAAUCUUCUCAACUAGCUUCAAAGUCUCAAGACUCUUUCUCUGGCGGGAGGUCGUCGGACGGUUCUUCAUCUAGGCCUUGGACCUCUCUCUUUAGAUGGGGAAGGGGCGCGAAAGCAAGGCACACUUCAGGACCCUCGUCUUUCUCGAACACGUCCCGCGACUCCAUGCGCGAUUCGAUGAUAAAUCAACCAUCGCCGGCGGCCAUCAACUACGUGCCAGUACGGCAGUUGAGUUCCAAGGUCCCGAAACGUACAAUGUCACGUUUCAGGGAAGACCUUCCGGAAUUACCUUUGUCACCGCCUGACUCUCGAGUGGCAUCCCCGGAGGCUGAACCUCUACCCUCAGGGCCUUUGCCUGUCAUUGCCGACGAAGUGGCCAUGCGGUACGACACGCCCAAUUCCGAAAACCGUGCAUCGCCCAUUUCGAUACCAGGACGCCGAGAUGAAGUGCAACCUUCUCCGGCGCCUAUGUCGAUGUCGCUGGCAUCGAUCGACUCGGAAGCCUCGUGGCUGUCUGGACGGGCCGCUGGGAAACGCGCUUCGUCCGGACUGCGUGGUUCCUUGUCAAACUAUCCCAUGCGUUCUGGUUCUAGGGAAUCGGAACAAGGGGACCAAGGGGACGAUGAACACGUUGCCGACGAGGAGUAUCUCAAGACCGCAAUCAACAACAAAUUGCAUCGCAAGUCAACCGGUGAGGCGCGACUUAGCAGCAACGAGGAUGAGGAUGAGGGCGAGGACAGGCGAUCCCCAAAGUGGGGUGCUGUAAACCAAACACAAACACCGACAGUCACGCGUUACACCGAGACAAUGCGAAGCCGGGAAGGUUUUCUUCAAAACUCCGAAGAUGCCGAUAAAGAAACCGGCAUUGGAAGAGACAGCGAAGAAGGACGUCUGCUCUCGGAAGGCGAAAGUCCCCUACCGCAGAGAGCAACUAGCAUCAACUUCGGCAGAGGACACGUCCGCAACUUUAGCGCUGGCAGGGCCAAGCUUUUAGAGAUUGCUCCUAGGGCAUCUGGCGAGAGAAGAAGGAGUGCUGAGCCCGUUACGCAAUAA